AUGCCGCGUCAACAGAUCAAUCUUGAACCCUAUCGGGAAGAGAUCAUCACUCUCUUCCAACGCGGUAUCAGUAGUGACUCCAUCAGUCGCAUUCUGCAAUCUCGAUUUAACAUCCAGGUGAAGGAACGGACGAUCCAGUCCCGUCUCCGACUCCGCACCACCACCGCGGACGAGGUGCUGCAUGCACGCAUCAAGGUGCUCUUCAUGCAAGACAAGCUGACCGACAAGGCCAUGUUGAAACUGUUGCGACAGGAUGGGUAUGAGAUCUCAGAACGGACGCUCCGUCGACUGCGCUUUCAACUCGGUCUUCAUGCCAGAACCCCCACCUUUGACCAUGAUCGUGGAAUGAGACCUCUGUCGAUGCCUUUACCUAUGACCAUGUCAGUGCCGAUGAUGGCGGCCCAAAAUGGGCAGGGCUUGUAA